GACGUCAUCCGCGGGCGCCGCGACGAAGUGGCGGGCACGCGCAGCCAAGAAGAUGUCUCCGACGCCGCCGCUCUUCAGUUUGCCCGAAGCGCGGACGCGGUUUACGAAAUCUACGAGAGAGGCCCUGAACAGCAAAAAUAUCAAGCCCUUGUUGAAUACCUUUAGCCAGUUACCUGGAAGUGAAAAUGAAAAAAAAUGUACCCUUGACCAGGCUUUUAGAGGUGUUCUAGAAGAAGAAAUUAUAAAUCAUUCAUCAUGUGAAAACGUUUUAGCUAUUAUUUCUCUUGCUAUUGGGGGAGUAACUGAAGGUAUUUGUACGGCAUCUACACCUUUUGUAUUGUUGGGAGAUGUUUUGGACUGUCUUCCUUUGGAUCAGUGUGACACAAUAUUCACUUUUGUGGAAAGAAAUGUUGCUACCUGGAAAUCAAAUACAUUCUAUUCUGCUGGGAAAAAUUAUUUACUGCGUAUGUGCAAUGAUCUCCUACGAAGAUUAUCAAAAUCCCAGAAUACAGUCUUCUGUGGACGAAUUCAACUCUUUUUGGCCAGGCUUUUCCCUUUAUCUGAGAAAUCAGGUCUUAACUUGCAGAGUCAAUUUAAUCUGGAAAAUGUCACUGUUUUCAAUACCAAUGAGCAGGAAAGCACCUUGGGUCAGAAGCACACAGAGGACAGAGAAGAAGGAAUGGAUGUAGAAGAAGGUGAAAUGGGAGAUGAUGAAGCUCCAACAACUUGCUCCAUUCCAAUUGAUUACAACCUGUACCGAAAAUUUUGGUCACUUCAGGAUUACUUUAGGAACCCUGUGCAAUGCUAUGAGAAAAUCUCAUGGAAAACUUUUCUCAAGUAUUCUGAAGAAGUCCUAGCUGUUUUUAAGAGUUAUAAAUUAGAUGAUACUCAGGCCUCAAGGAAAAAGAUGGAAGAAUUGAAAACAGGAGGAGAGCAUGUAUAUUUUGCAAAAUUUUUAACAAGUGAAAAGUUGAUGGAUUUACAGCUGAGUGACAGUAACUUCCGUCGACACAUCCUGUUGCAGUAUCUCAUUUUAUUUCAGUAUCUCAAGGGGCAGGUCAAAUUCAAAAGUUCAAACUAUGUUUUAACUGAUGAGCAAUCACUCUGGAUUGAAGAUACUACAAAAUCAGUUUAUCAACUACUAUCUGAAAACCCCCCUGAUGGAGAAAGAUUUUCAAAGAUGGUAGAGCAUAUAUUAAACACUGAAGAAAACUGGAACUCAUGGAAAAAUGAAGGCUGCCCAAGUUUUGUGAAAGAAAGAACGUCAGACAGCAAGCCCACAAGAGCAGUACGGAAAAGAGCAGCGCCGGAGGACUUCCUGGGGAAAGGGCCCAGCAAAAAAAUUCUGAUGGGCAAUGAUGAGUUAACAAGGCUUUGGAAUCUCUGUCCUGACAACAUGGAAGCCUGUAAAUCAGAGACAAGGGAAUACAUGCCAACUUUGGAGGAAUUCUUCGAAGAAGCCAUUGAACAGGCAGACCCUGAAAACAUGGUCGAAAGUGAAUACAAGGCUGUGAACAACUCAAAUUAUGGUUGGAGAGCCCUAAGACUGUUAGCACGGAGAAGCCCUCACUUCUUCCAGCCAACCAACCAGCAGUUUAAAAGUUUGCCAGAAUAUCUCGAAAACAUGGUAAUAAAGCUAGCCAAGGAAUUACCACCUCCUUCUGAAGAAAUAAAAACAGGUGAGGAUGAAGAUGAGGAAGAUAAUGAUGCUUUACUGAAGGAAAAUGAAAGUCCUGAUGUUCGGCGAGACAAACCUGUAACAGGGGACCAAAUAGAGGUAUUUGCUAACAAACUGGGUGAACAGUGGAAGGUCCUGGCUCCUUACUUGGAAAUGAAAGACUCAGAAAUUAGACAGAUCGAGUGCGACAGCGAAGACAUGAAGAUGAGAGCCAAACAGCUGCUCGUGGCCUGGCAGGACCAAGAGGGAGUGCACGCAACGCCCGAGAACCUGAUCAACGCGCUCAACAAGUCUGGGCUAAGUGACCUUGCAGAAAGUCUAACUAAUGACAAUGAGACAAACAGUUAGCUUCGUCCUUUUAUUAUUAUUAUUAAAACUGUGAUAAGGUUUUGUUACCAAGCAGCAUUUGAUAAGAGGUCCACUGGUUUUGGUAAACAAUAAACAUUUUUAUAACAGUUGUACAGUUGGCUGGUGCUCCACGAACAACAGAAUGUUUGUUGGCUCUUGAUGACUGACCUCAGGGUUUAGGGGGAGAAGUUGGGGAAACGGCCAGAAUAUUUUUGUUAAUUAUAUAUGUGUAAGUCAGUUAGCAAUGUUCAGGGGCAUGGUGUUCCCUGCAUGCCAUGAAGUUACAGAAUUUAACUUGCUGAGACUCCCACACUACUACUUUCUGAAUCUGCAUGACUGCUCUAGUCUCAUAUAUGCUUUAAAGCAGAGGAUCAGCAAACAGUGGUCCAUUUGCCACCUCUUUCUAUAAAGUGUUUACGGCACAGCCACUGAUCCUUACUUAAGUCCUUCCUACCUAUGGGCUCCUUUCAUGCUACAAAGGUACCUACAAAGCUUAAAACGUAUGAAAAUAUCUGGCCCACUACAGAAAAAUGUGCCAACCCCCAAGCUCAAAAGAAAUGGGGUGAAGUACAAAACCUAAUUCUUUUAGCCUUACAGGACUUAGGUCUCAAGUCACUUAAAACAGGGCUACAUACCUCAGGGAUUGCUGUGAAGUUCCAACGAGAUGUGUGUGAAAGCGCCUUGCACACAGCUCAGCACUGUGGAGUGACGGCUGGCCCGGACCGUCUACUUCUCCCAUUCCCACAUAAGCUUACCCUUCAGGGCUCUAAGGUCGUCACUGUUUUAAAUGCUGAGGACAGUCUGAGCGCCUGUCACACUGUAAAUGAUCCUGGUGGGGCUUUCCCUUGCUGGCCAGUCCAGCAGUGCUCCAGCACAGCUCUGGUAUCAAAAGGGCUUCGGGGCGGGGGCUGGGGGGUGCACAGCCUGUAAGGCACGCUCAGGAAUCGCGACAUUUUUUUUUUCCUUAUUCUCCUUUUCAAAGAUCUUAUACACGAGGCUGAAUUCUAAAAUAGUCUUUAACAGUUUAAAAGACACCAGUAGAAGUCCAAUUUCUUACACUUCAAGAAAUCUUUGGAAUAAUGCUUUUUUGGAUCAAAUAAAAUGAAGUCAAGUUUUUCAUAAUGACAGUUAAGAGAUUACAAUUUAAAAUGCUAAUCCCACGAAGGCUCCUAUAACUUUGUUCUAAUCCAACCUGACCUAGUAGCUACAGCAUCCUCCAAAUCAUAAAAUCUGAAUCCUAAUUGCUAAAUUUUUGUCCUCAGAGUUGUUCAGAACAAAAUAAGACAGUGAAUAAAAAAGUUCUCAAUUCACAAGCAUCAUACCAAUAGAUAAAAGAACCACUACAGUUCUCGAGCUCGUCCUCCCUUUCCUGUUCUGCACUCUCUCCAAGGCAAGAGGAGGACUGACUGCCAGUAUUAAAGCUUAGCUGAAGAAGCUAUUUACAGGUAAGUUUCCCUGAAAUGCUUAUUUUACCCUCUAAGUAGUCUUAGAUUACAUUGUUCAAACUUGAGAGGAAAAUGGCCACUUUUUUGUCACUGCUGUGCUCUGUAGAGCCUUUUAAAACAGCAUAAGCAAAGAUAGAGAUUUCAUGAUAAUCCCUACAACUUUACUAUAAAUAUCUAAUGCAGAAAAUAAGACAGU